AUGAAUUCGUUCGCGUCGACUUCAGUCGGUAUUGGAGCUGCGGUACGAUGCGGAGAGGGCGCGACCAAUUUUCCCGCCUUUGGAGGUCUCCUUGCACACGACAGUAGUACAGCGCCGAAUUGCUGGGGUCACUUGUCUCAGCAGAGCGAGCUGAAGCUUCCCCCAACUCCCCGUCGUGUGCCACCCCACAAGUAG